CUAAAUGCUUUGCACUGUCUGAAAACCUGCCAGGGAAGUGACCAAAUUUACACUUUUGACAUCGGUUUUCAAGUGUUGCAUGUUACAAUGUACUUGGGUAUAGUUUGGUGUUUACUCUGUGAAUGUUGCCGGAAUUCCUCCAACAUUUUGUGAAUGUAAUUAAUUACAUAAUUACUCCAGUAUAUAUAUCAUGAGAGAUUGUGAGGCAAGUUCUUGCCAAUUUAAGCCACUAUGAUACAUGUAGUUUGUAGUAAAAUAAGAUUGAGGGAGAAUUGAUUUGUACCAAACAUCAAAAAUAAAUAAUAACAAUGAUGGUGCUGAUGGAAUUCAAUUGCUCUUGAACUAUCCACACAACUCUUGCAGUACAAAGCGCAUAAUUAUAUGUGUGUAAUUAUUGGGCAGAAGCAUCAUAGUAAAGUUACUAAUUUCAGUUUGUAUAUGCUCAAUGGUUGCUUUAAAGGUAAAUGGUCAAGUGUUAAAGGUCAAGUGUUAAGUCAAAAGGUCAAGGUUGAAGAUGUUGGUGAAGGAGUACAGGAUUUCCCUCCCGAUGAGUGUGGAGGAGUACCGAAUAGCACAGCUAUACAUGAUACAGAAAAAAAGUCGUGAGGAGAGUCAUGGAGCAGGUAGUGGGGUGGAGAUCAUCGAGAAUCAGCCGUACACAGAUGGACCAGGCGGCAGCGGCCAGUACACCUACAAGAUAUACCACAUAGGCAGCCACCUCCCAGGCUGGUUUCGCGCCAUUCUUCCCAAGUCUGCUCUGCGUGUAGAGGAGGAGGCGUGGAAUGCGUACCCUUACACAAAGACGCGCUACAAGUGCCCCUUUGUGGAGAAGUUUGUGCUCGAGGUGGAGACCCGCUACCUCAAUGAUGGCGGAGAGAAGGACAAUCUAUUUGGGCUAAAAUCUUCAGAGCUGAAGGAAAGAACUGUUGACUACAUAGACAUUGUUAAAGACACCAUAUCGAGCAGCGACUACAGACGAGAGGAAGAUCCCAAAAUCUAUCAGUCGAAUACGACCCAACGUGGUCCCCUUCAAGACAACUGGCGUGAGGAAUACGCAAAGGCAGCAAGAACCGACCCAAAUAAAAAGAUCAUGACUGCAUAUAAGUUGUGCAGGGUUGAAUUCCGAUACUGGGGGAUGCAAAACAAAAUUGAAAGGUUUAUUCAUGACAUAGGUCUGCGGAAGACCAUGUUGCGUGCCCAUAGGCAGGCCUGGUGCUGGCAGGACGAGUACUAUGGUCUCAAACUGGAGGACAUACGGAGGCUCGAACUUGAGACUCAGCUAGCAUUACAGGAGAAAAUGGCUGGAAUCAACGACAAUGAUGAAUUUAUUGACCCGACAAAACAAGAUCAUAAGACUAGUGAUCAUACAAAGAGUGUCAAUAUAACGAGUGUGCAAGAGGACAAUGCCAAUGCUGUUGUCUCACCUACUGUGUCAGUGCCCGUGUCUAAACAGUUUGAUCAUGUAAAAUCACAGACACUCUCAGGCAGACAGAGCCCUUCUCCGUCGCAGGCUACUAUACAUUCAAGCAAAUCCAAAACGAAACAAAUGUCAAGGUCCAAGUCAUCUCUAGAUUCCAGUCAUGUGUCUGAUUGGCGGUUCCAGUCUCUAGAGCAGUUACAAGAGUCCAGCUCUGAUGAAGACGAUGAAUUCUUCGACGCAGAAGAGUUUCCAGUGAGUCAGUCUGAUUGCGUAAGAGAUGGCAUUUUUGGGGAUGUGUGCAGCUCUGAUUUGGAAAUGUCAGAUUCAGAGUCAGACCAAAAUGUAUUGUGGGGGCUUGGAACAAAGUCGUCGUCGUUGGAAAUGCUCUCAGUUUCUAAUGAUGAGUUUGCUGAUGCAAGAUCUCAACUGUCCUUUAAUACAGACAAUGCUGGUGGUCGCAGGUUUGAGAAACUGUGCCAGAAAUACAGCCUGGAGACCGGUCGAAAUGACAAGCAGAGCACUGCACCUUCCCUCUGUAAAACUGAUGUGCUUUUCCUUGUGGUACAUGGAGGCAGUAUGUUAGACACAGCGUGUGACUCAUUCAACACGUCCAAACGAAGUGACUACAACACCUUCAAAACAACUUUUGACACAGUGGUGCGGAACAGCUACCCAGCAGCUAAAGGCCACGUCGCUUUCAGAUUGGUUCCCUGUCCUCAAAUGUGUGCAGAUGCUCUAAAUGUUUUGUCAAGCUUAAGUCCAUUUGGGUUUGACUCGACGCCCCAUCACAUAGAGGGUAACUUGCCCUGGAGUCAGGAGUUUGUUCCCCUGGGAGCCCUGGGCUUGUUCUCGGCCUGCAGCCCCGAGUACCAGGAUCACGUUAACUCUGUGGUUGCCAAGGCAAACCUGGUGUACAUGGACUUCCUGCAGUCAGACGAUGGCAGGGGCUUCACUGGACAGGUUUGUCUUCUUGCUGACUCCACAGGCUCAAUACUGAUGUAUGACGCUCUGUGCAGGUCUCGCAGUCUGCUGAGCAACUGUGGCAGUCACUAUAGCAGCCGCGGUAGUGACCUCAACGUGGGGGCCCUUGGAAGCUCACACACCCUGUGUGAUAAGGAGGACACCAUCAAAGAAGAACCUGAAGUGUGUGAUGAUAAUGUCAAACCAACUACUGGAGAUGCGCAUAUCAAACAAACAAACAAACACAAAACUUCUUCGGAACUCUUACAUAGAACAGUUUCAGAAGGUCAUACGUCAAUGAAAGCCCCGCUACAUAAAACAGACAGUAUGCCGGUUGAAAUGCGGAAACAAGAUGGCAAGUCAGGCUCAGUGCGAGUGCAUGUGACUCAGUCGGCCGAGGCAGCAUAUGAGGGAAGCUGUCGCAGGACAAGUAGUGAGAGUCUGUACGAGAGCAUAAAGUUGGAGUUUGAAGUUGGUGACUUCUUCAUGCUGGGGUCACCUCUGGGUCUGGUGCUGGCAUACAGGAGGAUGUUUGCUGGCCAGAACAAAGAGAUGCCAGAGCGGCCCGAGUGCCAGCAGAUGUACAACCUGUUCCAUGCCAGUGACCCAUCUGCAUUCCGCCUCGAACCUCUCGUCAACUUUACGUUUCGGCAGAUCCCUCCAAUCAAAGUGUCCCGCUACAACAAGUUUCCAAUGGGCCAUGGAGAAUCCAUACAGAUAGUUGAGACCAUGUGCCAAUAUAUCAACAUGUUCCUCGACCAAUACUCCUGUGAACAGUCUGGCGAGAAUUUGGUCGACCAAGCCUCUAUCGGCUCAGAGUUGCUUGUCUCGCUGCAACGCCAGUCGAGUGUGUCUAGCAAUAGCAUCCAAUAUUGCAGCAGUGGCCAAUAUGGAAGCACGUUUUCCAAUAUUGCCAAUGUGAGCAGCAAGUGGUGGGGAAACAAGAGACUGGACUACGUGUUGUACUGCCCUGAGGUGCUUCACUCGUUCCCAGUGAGAGCCCUGCCACCACUGUUCCAUGCCAGCUUCUGGGAAUCAACGGAUGUUGUCGCAUUUGUGCUUAGACAGCUGUUCCAGCAUGACAUAGGGUUCUCCUACCAGAAUGAUGAGUUACAGAACUCUGUCUUUAUGGCCCCUGAUGAGCAGCUCUCACAGCAACCCAAAGAGAAAUGGCAGAAAAGGCGAACUAUGUAUAAAAUAAAGAAUCUGCAGCCUAAUCACCGUGGUAACGAUGUACUGGUUGUUGAAGAUGGUCCUCAAAAGAUAACAGCCAAGUUUAUGUAUGGACCAUUAGACAUGACCUCCCUGUCAGGAGAAAAGACGGACAUUCAUGUGAUGUCUGGAGCUGGUGAGUGGAUGUACAUGGGCACAGAGAUGACAGACGGACAUGGCCGCCUCUCCUUCACGAUCCCCGAGGACAAACAGCUGUGUCAGGGCAUUUACCCAGUCAGACUUGUUGUCAGAGUGGACCAUACGACGGCAGACCUGUUCCUUGCAGUGCUGCCCCCCAAGACAGAGACAGUGAUCUUCAGCAUCGACGGCUCCUUCACUGCCAGUGUGUCCAUCAUGGGAAAGGAUCCUAAGGUUAAACCUGGCGCUGUUGACGUCGUCAGGCGCUGGCAGGAGCUGGGUUACAUGAUCCUGUAUGUAACGGCCCGGCCGGACAUGCAGCAUAACAAGGUCGUUGGCUGGCUGGCACAACACAACUUUCCUCACGGGAUGGUCGCAUUCAUGGAUGGCUUCUCUAAGGAUCCACUCAAACAGAAGUUCAACUACAUCAAGACUCUACAGAAGGACGCCGAGUUGUCAUUGUGUGCUGCGUACGGCUCCAGCAAGGAUAUCAACGGCUAUCGGGAGCUGGGUCUAGACAAGACCAAGAUCUUCAUUGUGGGCAAGUCCAGCAAGAAACAGCAGAACCUUGCCACGUUCAUCAGUGAUGGUUACGCCGCUCAUCUAGAGGUGCUGAUGACCCCAGGUGGCUCCCGGCCGGCGAGUGGCAAUGCUGUGUUCCUCCUGCACAAAGCCUGCUUCUGCCUGCCCUCAGCCAACAAGCGUAACUCCAAGGCCCGCCAGUCCAUGAACCUCAGCCCGUCGGGUAGCCAGAAAGACGGGAUGUUCACCCGCCAGGAGAGCCACGCCUCCCAGACGCUGAUCACCGUCGGUGAACAGGGAAACACGCUCCUCCAAUCUGUACAGCCCAGCUUUGGUGCAGCCGCAAGGGCCCGCGGUACAUCACCAAGACCAAAACUCUACUUGAUAAUCUUAAAUAAUUUGAGCUGUUAAUUUUGUAUGACUGUUAAUUCUAUUGUUAUAGUUUUAGUAACUUUACACUUUUCAUAUCUUUUCUAUCUACAUAAUUGUGUUACUGUUAACUUAGUGUUUUGUUUCAUGGCAGCUGAUGGUCUGGGAGACAAACUCUUUGCCAAAACUCUCAAUACGCACAAUAUGAAAUCGCAAAAUAUUGUGUUAAUUCAGAGCAAUAAAUUAUACUUGUAUUACACAUGAUUGUUUACCAAUUGAGUAGUUUGGGGGAAUGAAGCCGUCUGGAGAAAACCACUUUUGCAUGGUUACCCAAAUCAAUGAUUACAAUUCUAAAGCACUUUGAUGCAACUGGCAGAGCUUGUUAAUGCAUGUACAUGCCACCAUUUAAAGGAUUAUUUGAUAUCAAAAGAUACUUUUUUUAAAGGGGCUAUUGUACAAUAAAAUUGCUAUAGGUAAAUAUGUUGCAAUUUUAAGUUAAAUAUGGAAAUAGUAAGGCAUAAUAGCAUUUCUUCUUAAUGAAGGUUCAUGUUUUAUUUGCUUUUCGAAGUCAAAUCAAAAUGUUGUCAAUUACAAAUAUCAACCAUUCUUUCAUUGUGCUAAAUAUGUGCAUGGAAUAAAUAAAUACCUUUCUAGCUCACCUGAUUGCUCAGGUGAGCUUUGUCCGUCGUCCGUCCGUCCACAUUUAGUCAUAAACACUCUAGAGGCCACAUUAUUGUCCGAUCUUCAUGAAACUUGGUCAGAAGAUUUGUCCCAAUGAUAUCUCGAUCGAGUUCGAAACUGGGUCAUGCUGGGUCAAAAACUAGGUCACUAGGUCAAGAAAAAGAAAAACCUUGGAAACACUGUAGAAGUCACAAUUAAUGCCCAAUCUUCAUGUAACUGUGUCAAAAUGUUUGCCUUAAUGAUAUUUUGGUUGACUUCAAAAGUUGUUCCGGUCCGUUGAAAAACAUGGCCGCCAGUGGGCGGGGCAGUUUUCCUUAUUUGGCUAUAGAGAAACCUUGUAAACACUCUAGAAGUCACAAUUUUUGACCAAUCAUCAUGAAAAUUGAUCAAAACAUUGGUUUUAUUGAUAUCUCGGACGAGUUCGAAAAUGGUCCAGAUCGGUGAAAAACAUGGCUGCCAGUGGGCGGGGCAUUUUUCUCUAUAUGAACAUAGUGAAAACAUGUGACCACUCUAGAGGUCACAUUUUUGGCCCAAUUUUCAUGAAAUUUGGUCAGAACAUUUGUUUUUUUGAUACAAGAGUUGAUUUUGAAAAUUAUUCCGGUCAGUUGAAUAACAUGGCUGCUGGGGGGGGGGGGCAGUUUUCUUAUAUUUAUUUAGUAAAAAAAGCUUGUGAACACUCUAGAACUCACAUUAUUUGCCCAAUCAUCAUGAAACUUGGUGAAAAGAUUGGUUUUAUAUAUAUCUCAGAAGAGUCCGCAAUGGUCCUUAUCAGUAAAAAUACAUGGCCGCCAAGGGGGUGGGGCAGUUUUCCUUAUGUGACUAGAGAGAAACCUUGUGAUCGAACACUUUAGAAGUCACAUCUUUUGCCUAAUCAUCGUGAAACUUAGUCAAUACAUUGGUUUUAUUGAUUUCUCGGACAAGUUGGAAAAUGGCUCAGAUCGGUGAAACACACUUUUUAGCUCACCUGAUUGCUCAGGUGAGGUUUUAGGAUUGGUUUUUGUCCGCCGUCUGUAAACACUCUAGCAUUCACAUUUCUCAAGCAUUCUUAUCAAAGUUACUGAAAGAUCUCAAGUUUGGUAAUGAGCAAAAUCAAUUAAUUAAUGUCAUAAUUAUAGCCCUUAGAUUGUUCAAAUUUUCAUUAUAUUAUACAAAAUCCUUGUAAACACUCUAGAGGUCACAAUUUUGUUUCAGAUUUUAUAAAUCUUGGUCAUAGUAUUUAUUUUUGUAAGCAAAUUUUGAUGUUGGUAAGGGCUCAAAAUAUAGGUUACCAGGUCAAAUCUUACGAAAACAAAAACACUCCAUAUGUCAGUAUUUUGGUUCAAUAAUGAUGAAACUUGACCAGGAUGUUUGUCUGGACAAUAUCUAGGUAAAGUUUGACAUUUGGUAAAGAUUGAAUAAACCGACUCCUCUCAAGUGAGCGAACUAGGGCCAUCUUGGCCCUCUUGUUAAUGGGUAUAUACUAAGAACUUCAGAAAAGAAUUUUUACAAUCAAAUUAUUCUAAUAACUAAUGAAACUAUUAGAAAAAUAUAUAACAAUAUUUUCUUUCUUCUUAAAUGUUUUUAAUAUCAAAGAAAUAUUGUUGAACACAUUAUGUCUUGCAUAUAUCUGGCAAGAUCACUUAAAUUACAAAAAACAUGGUUAACUUGCUUUACUUGCUCACAAAGAUUAAUUUUAUUUGCAGAAUACUGGAAUCUGCAUUGACUUGUUUACUUAAAACUUGUUUAACUUACAUGGUUUUAGAUAUUCAUAUUUCAGCAGUUUGUUCAGACAUUUGUUAGAAGUUAUAUUAUUAAAAAAAUGCAAACAGAUGUGUGUGAAAUGUUUUUCAUUGCUUGCUUUUCUGCACAAUUACAUUUUUUGCAGUCACUGGAUAACUCUUACUAAACACUUUGUGUAAAGAAUCUUGCCAGAUUAGCCUGUGUAUUCUACUCUCUUUUGUAUAGACUGGAUUCUACUCUCUUUUUGUAUAGACUGGAUUCUACUCUCUUUUGUAUAGACUGGAUUCUACUCUCUUUUGUAUAGACUGGAUUUUUUGUUUAGAAGAGACU